CUCUGGCUUGGGAUCUGGGGAGGAGCGAUUCUGCAGGCGGAGCGAUUCUGUGGGCGGAACAAAUCGUCUCUCCACGAUGGCGGCCCUGCGUGCUCUGCUCCCCAGAUCCUGCAGCUCGCUCUUGUCCUCAGUCCGCUGCCCAGAACUCCGGCGCUUCGCCUCGGGUGCCAACUUUCAGUACAUCAUCACAGAAAAGAGAGGAAAGAAUAGCAGCGUGGGGCUGAUCCAGUUGAACCGCCCCAAAGCACUCAAUGCACUUUGCAAUGGCCUGAUUGAGGAGCUCAACCAAGCACUGGACACCUUUGAGGAAGAUCCCGCUGUGGGCGCCAUUGUGCUCACUGGUGGGGAGAAGGCCUUUGCAGCUGGAGCUGACAUCAAGGAAAUGCAGAACCGGACAUUUCAGGACUGUUACUCCAGCAAGUUCCUGAGCCACUGGGACCAUAUCACCCGGGUCAAGAAGCCAGUCAUUGCAGCUGUCAAUGGCUAUGCUCUUGGUGGGGGUUGUGAACUUGCCAUGAUGUGCGAUAUCAUCUAUGCCGGUGAGAAAGCCCAGUUUGGACAGCCAGAAAUCCUCCUGGGGACCAUCCCAGGUGCAGGGGGCACUCAGAGACUCACCCGAGCAGUCGGCAAAUCGCUAGCAAUGGAGAUGGUCCUCACUGGUGACCGCAUCUCAGCCCAGGAUGCCAAGCAAGCAGGUCUUGUAAGCAAGAUUUUUCCUGUUGAAAAACUGGUUGAAGAGGCCGUCCAAUGUGCAGAAAAAAUUGCUGGCAAUUCUAAAAUCAUAGUAACCAUGGCGAAAGAAUCUGUGAAUGCAGCCUUUGAAAUGACGUUAACAGAAGGAAAUAAGCUGGAGAAGAAGCUCUUCUAUUCUACCUUCGCCACUGAUGACCGGAGAGAAGGGAUGGCUGCAUUUGUGGAGAAAAGGAAGGCCAACUUCAAAGACCACUGAGAGCUGGCAGCUACACCAUUUGCCACCCUGGAGAAGAAAGCUCAGCCUGUCAAUUGAGAGGCAAAUAAAUUAUCCAAGAGUAGUAGUGUUGGCCACAGUUCCUACUGAAGGUUUUAGGGCUGUGGCCACAGGUUGGGAACUCGUGGUGUGGCUUGCAACCUUCACCAGUUGUUGGAAGUCAAUCUCUCACCAUGUUCUAAAUCAGAAAUCUGGGAAGCCUUCAAGGUGUCUUGAUUUUUUUUUUUUUUAACUUCACUUUAAGGGCAGGUGCAGGCUUGGGCCAGCCACUGCCCUGUGCACUAUCUGCAGUGCUAGCUCGGGAUGUGGGCUUCAAGAGGGAAGUGGCCCUGUCUGCUGAUUCCCAACAUGAUCAUUCAAUAAAAGUAACUACUUCACAGUUUAGAUUUGACUCACCUGUAGUUGUCUCUAGAGAGUCAAUAUAGUUUUUUUUUUUAAUUAUUAUUGCUAUUAUUUUCUUAUGGAUAGGGUUUCACUGUGUAUACCUGGCUGCCUGGAAGUUACUAUAUAGAUCAGGUUGACCUUAAACUCACAGAGAUCAGCCAGCCUCGGUUUCCCAAGUGUUGGGGAUUAAAGGUAUAUACUA